UGUCACAUGCCGAGACUGCGACGCCGCAAGUCUGUGGAAUCGCGAGUUUUAACGUCAUCGUAAAAUGAUGUGUUUUUAAUCGAGUUUCGGUCUCAAUUAUGAGAUCGUUUUAAAUUGAAGGAAAGCAGGAGGAGCGAUUUUACUAUUAAUUUCUUGCACCGGAUCAUUAAUAAUAUUUAGCGAUAUGGUCGUUACGAAGUCAGCGCUGCUUGACCUCCCAUCCGAUGAAGAGCUAACAGUUCAGGAAAUAAAUGUUAGUUGGCCACUUUUACAGGCCGCUUCUGUCUAUGUUGGAAAGAAAUGUGAACGAGAAAGUCUUGAGUUUACUCUAUGUAAACAAGAAUUGGACGAUCCCAGAAAAUGUUACAAAGAUGGACGGAAAUUAACUGCCUGUGCAUUAGAAGUAUUUCAAGACAUCAAGAAACAUUGUGCUGAUGAUUUUAAUCGCUAUGUAAGAUGUCUUGAGUGUUCUUCUGGUUCCUUCGAACUCUCCAAGUGUCGAGAAACGCAAGUCAAGUUUGAUAAAUGCAUGUUGGAAAAUUUGAAAAUAGAGCGGCCUCCUUUUGGAUACUUUUGUGAGGCCAAAGUACACGAUUCACCAAGACCACCAGGGCCACCGAAGUACGAAAACAAAGACUACCCAGAUGCUACUUCACCUAAAGUAGUACAACCUCCAUAUCGUCCAUCCAAAUUUGGAAUGCGCACAUGGUGGUCUAACUAGUCAUCACUGCCUAGUGCAAAUUUGUUUCUAUAGUUGACACAAUGUGUACUGGAGUUUGAAAGAAUGAGAAUUGUUGCUACAUUUGCACUUGUUCCAUAUAAAAUUGGGAACGAAUACGAAUGAGUGUAAUUUAUGUAAUGAAAAUUGUAGAUUAUAAAGAGAAAAUAAAUAUAACUGU